AUGCCUAGCGAUGAGCUGAACGUGUUACCAGCCCCGAACCUGGACAAGGCACCAGCCCGUUACGAUAACGAGAUCGAUGAGCUGGACGCGCAUUGUCAGCAAUUAGCACGGGAUUUUCUACGUGAAAACCCGACAAUCCGUGACCAAAGUCUGGUGCAGUUGCGCGAUUGGAUCGCGAAACACCCGAGCAUUGGGCGAUGCCGCACGGAUGCACGGUUUCUGUUGCGAUUCCUGCGCACGAAGAAGUACUCGUUCAUCAACGCGUCUGUGAUGCUGGAGCGCUAUCUCGCCUGUCGGGUGAUGCAUCCGCACUGGUUUAAGCGACUCGACAUCGAAGAUCGAACCCUCUGUGGGCUGGUGGAUGCUGGGUUUCUGUAUCCCGUGCUCGAGAAGGAUGCUCGGGGUCGAACGGUGAUUUUUGGCGAUGCUGGAACGCUGGAUCCGAAGGUGUAUACGGUCGGGCACGGAUGUCGAAUGCAUAUGUUGGUCGGUGAAACGCUGUACGAUGAUGCGUCGGUGCAGUGUGCUGGGUUUGUGCUGGUGUACGAUCUGUCUGGCAUUACGAUGGGUAUGCUGGGUCUGGUGACACUUAAUGACAUCCGGGAUUUGGCGACAUACCUGAACAACGCUGUGCCGAUGCGCAUCCAGGAGUUGCACUUCGUCAAUACACCGAGCUUGGCGCUCAAGAUUGCUAACUACACAAUGGCGCUGAUGAACACAAAGCUGCGCAAUCGCAUUAUGUGUCACCGAACCUGGGAAGAUCUCCACCAGAAAGUCGACAAACGGCUGAUCCCGCAGGAGUACGGUGGAGUGAUCCCGAAGGAGGAACACAUCGCCGCCUUCAAAAAACGCUGCCAGAUCUAUCGCCCUCAGCUGCUGGCUCUCGAUGAAAUGGACUUCGAUAUUGGUCGCGAACCGGAGCUGGAAAAUUGCAAAAAAUCCCACGCCGCUGAGAUCGAAACCGGGACGAUCGGAAGCUUCCGCAAGCUGCAGCUAGACUAGUGGUGCCGGUGGUUAAGCAUUGCUUUAGACUGUGAUUUAUCUCGCGUUUCCGUUUGGUAUCAUUUCAUCCUCACUCAUGCGUAUGCUGUAAUUCCCCACGUGCACUGAACUUUGCGGGAGCCAUACGUUGGAACAAAUCUCCUUCUUCAUUAGCCACGCGAUGAAUGCAAAAGUGAAACCGAGCGUCUCGGGUGACGGGUUUUCGGUAGCGUCUCAUCAGCCCGUUUGUUGACAUUGCGCGUAAUGGUAAUAAUUAGCACCCUUCUGUAAUACGGCGCAUAGACAAAGUGACACGAGGCCCACCGCGGUGGGAUGUGCGGACUCCACUACCAUGCGCAACAAACGAUGGCUUGGUUGGUGGCGGAAGAAACGAUUGCGUUUGCGUAUCCGGACGCCCUAGUGUGGCUGACGAACUGAUAAUCGUUAUUCAAGGAUGAGUCCAAGCAAAAGGUGCGAAGGACGGAUGGAACAAAACACGUUCCCAAACAUAGCCCACGAUAAGUUUUAUGGUGUAAAUGUAUAUGGUACUGUAGAAGCACGAAUUGGUUCGCUAUAUUGCGCUGGUAGAGAUUACUGUGCACUAUUAUUAUAAUACUUUUGAGCAAAAAAAUAUAUGCAAUUUUUGUAA